AUGUCCAAACGCCAUGCCAAGGGAUUUAUAACUCAUCGAGCUCUCAACGAGAACAACUUAACCGUAGUGGCAUUCGUCAAGUUACAAAUUGAUGAACAUGUUGAGCUGGAAGUAUCCGGACCAAGAUCAUCAUCAUCAUCGUCAGCGGCUGCAACGCACCUCGCUUCGUCGUCGUCGUCGUCAUCGUCGUCAACAACGACACACGAAACGCAACACUUACAACAUCACUUCCAACAACAGCCACAACAGCUACCGCAACAGCAACCACAACAGCCACAACAUUGUUUGGUUCUCGUCGCUGAUGAUUGCAACAGUUCUGAUAGUGGCAGAGGGCAGAGUGUUAUUGACUGUAGCCAGCAACAACAACAUUAUCUGCAACAACAACAACAAAAACAACUGCAGUCAACAAAUCAAAACUUACAACUUAAUUUUAGCACCUUUCCAACUCAUCAGCAACACCAACAGCAUUUUAGACAACAACAACAACAACAACAGCAGCAACUGCAACAUUUUAUUUUUCCAACAGACAUCUGCCAACUACCUCAACACAGCCAAAACACCCCACUACAGACAUCAACAACGACAUCAACAACCAAGAAGACAGCAACACUAACAACGAUACAAACAACACCAACAACACAACACUGGUUUUGUGUUUCGCCAUCUAUUGAACGUUUGGAUGAUAAAGAUUUGUUUGUGGCCGCUUCUAACCAGAAAAACAGCAACAGUUUUCAAAAUGGUUUCACUGCUAACCAUCACAACAACAACAACAACAACAUUAUCGUUGUCAACAACAGCAUCAACAACAUACAUAAAAUCAACGAAAAAAUUGGCAACAAUUUCAGCAACAACGUUGAUUGUAGAAGGUUUUCAGUUGAUUCUGAGUUGAACGACAAACUUUCCAACGACACUCAGUUCUUUCCUGGCAACAAUGUUAACGACAUCAAUAGAAUCAAUAAAAACAACAUCAACAACAACACGCCGGCCGUUAAAAAACUACCAAAAUACGACGUCCUCAUAGCAGACACGGCAGCGUCAAACAGCUCGACGCAACUCGGCAGAGAGUUGAAUGUCGCAAGAAACUUCAACGACAUGAGCGUCGACGAGAUGACGUGCGACCACAACAAACCGCGUGUCAUCGGCAGACGAGACAUGAAAAGAAACUCACUAAUCUUCGGGAAGGUUUCCAGUGUCAGCGAUAACGCUGCGGCUCGAGCGGCUUUCGUUGGCAGCUCUGUUGAAGGCGACGGCUACAGCGUCGACAGUAUCUAUGGCGGUAGGGAGAGUUGCUUGAGUUUCAAUAACAGAAGUGACGUCCAGUUUGUUUCAACUCCGCAACAACGAACUCAGGUUUCCAACAACAACAACAACAUUUCCAACAUCAACAACAACGACAACAUGGCAAGUACACCAGUGACGUCAACAAACACCACCAGCUUUAAUAACUCCACCAUCAACAUCAAAAACAGCAGCAGCAGCAAUAACAACAACAACAACAAUAACAGCAACAGUAAAACAAUCAAACAUGUGACAUUCAGCAACAUCACAACAAUCUCCCAAUUCCCUCAAAUCUACUACGCCCCGUCACGCGACUCCAUCAACUACGGCUGCUACAGCCUCAACACGGCCACAGCAGCCGCAGCUGCAGCAGCUGCAACAAACAGCAGUGCCGUCGAAAGUUCUGGCAAGAGCGCCAGCAACGUCAGCAACUACGGAGAGAAGAUGAACAUUAGAGGAGACGUUUAUGAGAUCGAUAAUUACUAUAGGAACACCGUCGGAAAGAAUCUAUUCAACCAUCAAAACAUUAACCUAAGCCACAGCAAUCUAAAUAUCAUUAAUAACACUGAUGGCUGCAGUAACAACAACAACAUCAACAACAACAAUAACCACAACAACAUCAAUAACAUCAACAACAACAUCAAUAAUAACACCAGUAACAAUAGCAACAACAAUAAAAUAGCCUAUGGCGACUUAACAAACUCCGUUCUUGUCUGA